AUGGAAUUAGAGGUCCAAAAAGAGAAAGAGCAGACAGAAAGGGAAUUGAGAUCCAGGCAAUUAGAUAUUCAGAAGCUGGAGUUAGAGCUGAAGAUAAAACAGCAGAAACUAGGUGAUGAGAAGAAUAAGGGAUUUGAUGUGGCAAAAUUUGUGAAACUUAUUCCCCUGUUUCAAGAAAAUGAGGUUGAUAAGUUCUUUUUGCAUUUUGAAAAGUUAGCUACAAAUUUGAAAUGGCCUGAAGAAUCAUGGACUACACUUGUUCAGAGUGUUCUCGUAGGCAAAGCUCAGGAAGUUUAUGCAGCUCUAUCCAUUGAUCAGAGCUCUGAUUAUCAAGUGGUUAAGAGUGUCAUACUGAAAGCUUAUGAGUUAGUUCCCGAGGCUUAUCGACAAAAGUUUAGAAACUGUAGAAAGCAUGAAGGACAGACUUACGUUGAGUUUGCUAGAAACAAGGUUAUGAUGUUUGAUAGAUGGUGUUCAUCCAAAGAGAUAAACAAGGAUUAUGAGAAAUUGAAACAACUCACGCUGGUUGAGGAGUUCAAAAGGUUGCUGUUUCCAUUCACCAAGUCCGUGUUUGAGAAGGUGGACUUCCAGAUUCUGGACACCGACAAAGACAAGGCGAAGUUCCGUUCUAUGAUCAAACAGGUGAUCGAGGACAGGAAGAAUAAUCCCGACUCGGAUCACAGUGACAUCCUGCAGGCGAUGUUGGACACCCACAAGGAGGAGUCUUCACAAGACCCGGAUGAUGAUUCUGAUGACGACACGGAGACCAAGCUUGACUUCAAGUACUUCAAGAAGCGAGGUCUGACAAACUAUGAGAUCUUCUGCAACUCCCACAUCUUCCUCCUUGCCGGCUACGACACCACCUCCAACGCCUUGACCUUCACCGCCUAUCUCUUAGCAAAACACCCAGAGAUCCAGGAGAAGUUGUACCAGUCGAUAAGGACACACAUUGGCGAUAAGAAGCCCACGUACGCCGACGUGACGAAGCUUCAGUACUUGGAGAACGUGUUCCUGGAAACUCUGAGACUCUAUCCCCCGGCAACCAGGAUCACACGAGUUCCCGCCAAGAGCACCAACAUCAACGGCUACCACAUCCCCGCCGGCCUGCCCAUCAUCAUACCCGUGUACGCCAUACAGCAUGAUCCAGAAUUCUGGUCCGACCCGGAAAAAUUCGACCCUGACAGGUUUCUUCCUGAGAAUAAGCAUGAGCUACACAACUACAUGUGGAUGCCGUUUGGCGUCGGGCCGCGGAACUGUCUGGGGAUGAGGCUCGCCUUGCUGGAAGCCAAGAUGGCGAUAGUAGCGUUAGUGCAGAACUUCCGGUUUGUUGUGAGCCCGGAGACAGAGGCGUCUGUCAAACUGGAAAAGGGAGGUUUCGUUAGACCAGAGAACAAUCUUUAUAUCGGCGUUGAAAGACGCCAGCAGGCUUCAUAAUAGUCAUACUAGACGCAGCCACCAACUGAUCACAUUUCACAAGACAAAGAUUGAAGAAGAAUUUGCAGCAAUGUCGUUUGUGCAAGACGCCUGUGUAUGGUGUAACCAGAAAGAUCAAGAAACGGAAGGUGACCCUUGUUGGGGUGAAC